GCCUGCAGAUCCGGAAGAAUGCCAUCACGGACGACUACAAGGUCACCACGCAAGUGCUGGGGCUCGGCAUCAACGGGAAAGUUUUGGAGAUCUUCAGUAAGAAGAGCGGCGAGAAGUUCGCGCUCAAGAUGCUGCAGGACUGCCCCAAGGCCCGCAGGGAAGUGGAGCUGCACUGGCGAGCGUCGCAGUGCGCGCACAUCGUGCGCAUCAUGGACGUCUACGAGAACCUCUACCAGGGGAGGAAGUGUCUGCUCAUCGUCAUGGAGUGCUUGGAUGGCGGGGAGCUCUUCAGCCGCAUUCAGGACAGGGGAGACCAGGCCUUCACAGAACGGGAGGCUUCGGAGAUCAUGAAGAGCAUUGGGGAAGCCAUCCAGUACCUGCACUCGAUCAACAUCGCGCACCGGGACGUGAAGCCAGAGAACCUCCUGUACACGUCCAAGCGGCCCAACGCCGUGCUGAAACUCACCGACUUUGGCUUUGCCAAGGAAACCACCACGCACAACUCCCUGGCCACGCCCUGCUACACGCCCUACUACGUGGCCCCAGAAGUGCUGGGCCCAGAGAAGUACGACAAGUCCUGUGACAUGUGGUCCCUCGGUGUCAUCAUGUAUAUUCUGCUGUGCGGGUACCCCCCCUUCUACUCCAACCACGGGCUGGCCAUCUCUCCUGGCAUGAAGAAGCGGAUCCGAAUGGGCCAGUACGAGUUUCCCAACCCCGAGUGGUCCGAGGUGUCAGAGGAAGUGAAGCAGCUGAUCCGAAACCUGCUGAAGACAGACCCGACCCAGCGCAUGACAAUAACAGAGUUCAUGAACCACCCCUGGAUCAUGCAAUCCAUGCAGGUGCCCCAGACCCCGCUGCACACCAGCCGUGUGCUGAAGGAGGAGAAGGACCUGUGGGAGGAUGUGAAGGAGGAGAUGACCAGUGCCCUGGCCACCAUGAGGGUGGACUACGAACAAAUCAAGAUCAAGAAAAUCGAGGAUUCCUCGAACCCUCUGCUGAUGAAGAGGAGGAAGAAAGCCAACCCCCCCGAGCCCACCACGCUGCCCCACUGAGGGCCCUGCCAGCCCUCCAGAAAGCAAUAACUAUAUAUAUAUAUAUUUUUUAAGGAAAAAAAAAGACAAAAAGAAACAGACUGUUCUAUCGAGCGCAUGGAAUUCAGACAUUUAUACCAGACUAGUUAUUUUUAGCUACUCACCUGUGUUUCUGACCUUUCUGGAGCAGGUGGUGAGAUGCCCCCUCAGAUCCACACCUGCAGCCAGGGAUUUUUUUGUCCUGUAGGUGAACGCAACCAAUAAUUGGAUUUUUAUUUUUCUUUUGUGAAACAGUUUUGAUUUAUAUAUAUAUUUUUUUUUCCUCUUUUCCCUCCUCCUUCCUUCCAAAGACAUGGAAACUCCUGUGGUGACCUUUUUAGGGUAUAUAACAUAUAAAUAUUUUUUAAAAACUA